CUCCUUUUAUUUUCCCGAAUCUACACUCAUCUACUCUCUCUCUCUCUCUCUCUCUCUCUCUCUCUCUCUUAUUCGUUUUAUAAGAGAAUCUGACCAUCACCGCACAGGCUUUGGUACUUUAGAAUAAGAAACCACUACUUCUGCAGAUUCUUCUUGCUCUCUGUAUUCCUACAUUCAUACAUACUCAUCACUCCGCUACAUCGAAAACUUUGAUUCCUUCCUUUUCCUCAUUCUCCUUCUUGAGGGUGUCAUUGACGUCUUUGUCAUUCCUCGAAUCCCGAAAAUUUGAAAACCCAUCAGAGAGAUUAAACAGCAGCAUUUGCCAUUUCGAUCCAAUCACAGUUUCCACAUAUCAAAAACAGCCCUUCCAUUUGCGAUCCGAGCUAAAGCAAAGCAUUCUCUUUUACCAAAAUCUUUGCAUCCCCACUUUUUCUCUCAGAGAGAGCAUGUUGUCUGAUCAAAGGUGAAUCGAAAAGUUGCAGACUUUAGAAUCCGAGGCAUCUGGGUGUGUGUGAAUUACAGAGUUUUAUGGUUCAUGCGAAGCGAGCUUUUUGCCUUAGUCCCGUUUGAACUGAACAGUGACCAAUAAAGUUUGUUGAACGGAAAGGGUGCAUUUUUUUUAAUACAGGGUCAUUGUUAUGAGUCAUGACACUGUGAGAUUGAGUUUGGUCUCUAUAAAGAGAGGAGCGUCAAAGAAAACAUAGAAUAAGGACUGAGUGGUACAGAGAAAUAGCGAUGCAGGAUAUGAAGAAGACGACUGACACUGAAGAUUCGAAGAAGAAAGAGAGGCAUAUCGUGACUUGGUCUCAAGAGGAGGAUGAUAUACUCCGUGAGCAAAUCGGUAUUCAUGGAACUGAUAACUGGUCGAUUAUCGCAUCAAAGUUCAAGGAUAAAACGACCAGACAAUGCAGAAGGAGAUGGUACACAUAUUUGAAUUCUGACUUCAAGAAAGGGGGUUGGUCACCCGAGGAAGAUAUGCUAUUAUGCGAGGCGCAGAAGAUCUUCGGCAACAGAUGGACAGAAAUAGCAAAGGUGGUUUCAGGCAGAACUGACAAUGCCGUAAAGAAUCGCUUCACAACCUUGUGCAAGAAAAGGGCAAAGUACGAAGCCUUAGCGAAAGAGAAUAACAUCAACCUGAACAGCAAACGGAUCAUCUCACGCAAUCCAUCAAGUGUAGAUGGUACAGCAGAAUCUGCAGCACCGGCUAAGAGGAUGAGGAGGGCUCAUAUUCAGACUAUAGCGGAAGAUUGCAACUUGCAGGACAGAUUACAUAUACAAUGUGGAAUCACAUAUAGUCAGCAACAAAGAACUCCCUUUUCCAUAUUGGAACAAAAUUUUCGCACUGCCAACUCACCACCCCAGCAAUACGAAAGCAACCAAAAAGAAGCCACCGAUGAUGCUGAUGGUAGCAAAGUCCAACGAACAUUUCUUAAAAAGGACGAUCCAAAAGUUACUGCUCUGGUUCAACAAGCCGAACUGCUCAGUUCCCUUGCGCUGAAAGUCAAUGCAGAUAACGUGGAGCAGAGUCUUGAAAAUACUUGGAAGGUUCUCCAGGAAUUUUUGAGCCACAAGAAGGAUGCUGAUGUUCUCCAAGAUUGCGUCACCGACACUGAUCUUCAAUUCGAAGAUUUCAAAGUCAUGGUGGAGGACAUCAGGAGCAGCAAUGAGGAAAGCCAAACAUCUUGGAGGCAACCCGAUCUGUGUGAGGAGUCUCCAGCCAGCUCAGAGUAUAGCACAGCUUCUACUAUUUCGACUCAUCCUGUUUAUGAUAAAGCAGAAGAACCUCAAGCCAAAGAAGUUGCACUGCAUAAAGAUAUUGAAAGUGAAAUACAAACCAACCAUUCUGAUGAACAAUGUGUAGUUGAUAACUGCUGCAAAGGGAUUCUUUCCAGCUCAGUCACUCAUGGAGGUGCUUUCCAAUCUUGUGACGAGCACAUAACCACCGCUGGAGUUGUUUCUGUCCCAUCAAAUACAGAAUGCAUCUCUCCUGUUCAUGUUACUCCACUAUUCAGAUCCUUAGCAGCAGGAAUUCCCACACCAAAAUUUUCAGAAAGUGAGAGACACUUCCUUCUGAAAACGUUCGGCAUGGAUUUGCUUCCUACAUCUCCUCCAACUAAUUCGGCUUAUCAGCCACCCUGCAAAAGAGCUCUCCUCCAGAGUCUGUAACCGACCAUGUUAAUCGAACUUCAGUAACCAGAGUUCUAAACACACCCCAGACAUCUUUUUAUUUUGAUUGGCUGAUCCCGCCUAUUGUAAGUUUUCUAGUCCUGUUCAAGAUCCAAUUUUUUUCCCAACGCAGCCACUCGAUGCCUAAAGUUUUACAAAAAAAGGCAUAUUGAGUCUGCAUUUGAAGGCCCUACUACUAUGGAAACCAGAAUGUUAUGGCACAUUCUGCGAUCCUGACAGAUUGAGAGCUUGUCGGAUGUCACUACCAGUGACCAAGUGUGCUUUUAGAAGCGUGUCAUUCCCAUUGUGAUUUCUUGUUUCCCUCUGCCAAAUGUUGUUUCAAGGUGAAACAACUCCUAUUCAGUUUCUUCUGUCGAUUUUUGGUUUUGUACAGAACCUGCUACAUAAAUCCUCAUAGCCAGAGUGUAAUUAUGCAUCGGCAAAUCGCCCACAGCCUACCUACAAUAGACAAUCGGAAUCCGAAAAAUAGAGAAUCAUGAAAAG